UUCAUUUGAUACGUAACUUGAGAAUAUACACCAGUUGUGAUUGGUGCCUUGUAGUAACCUUGGUCAGGACAAAUUACUGAAUAGUCAAACUUUUUGGUAAUAAUAUUUUCCAAUGCAAUUUGAGAGGAUACUUUUAAAGCGUUGUUUCAUCAAACGUAAACGUCAGGUGACAGCUCAUAAGGAUGCAAAAAAGAAGGGUUCGGAAAUAAGCAAAUCUACCAAACAUUUUCCAAAAGUUGAAUACACUUUAGAAAUGCAGCCCCCAUUGAUUCACCUAAAUGAUCCUACAGAAUUUAUUUUGCAUAUCAUUGGAUCACAUGGUACACUGUUCGAGAGAGUUAAAUUCACUGAUCACGUUGCUGAAUCACAGUCAUCUGUUGCACAGAUUGAACAGAUAAAUGUUGGGAAUAUUCAAUACUUAAAAAUCAUCCCAAAUGUGGAGAACAUUUUAUCUAGAUAUAACAUGGAAAAGCUAAUUGUGACACGAACUUUAGAAGGUAGAGAAAUCUACAAUCUAUUGAAAAAGCCGCAAUUCAGCUCAUUAAUACCACCUAAAUUAAAGAACUAUUCAGUAAAAGAUCGUUCGCUGUUAAGUCACAACGAUAGUAAUGGUUCCGAAAAUAAAGAAUCAUUGAAUUUAUCUCUACCGCUGGCUGAUAAAUAUGUUUUUGGUGUGUUAGCACAUGAAAAUUUGGAGCCACCUAUAUCAUACCACCUCGAAUUUUCCAACGUCGCUGUUGAUUCAAUAAAUACAUAGAUCUACUGUCCCUUGGAUAAAACCGCUCAGAUACUUCUCCAACAGUGUCAACUGAAAUUUCCAAGGGAAAAUAUGCUAUCACUGGCACUUACAUAUUCUUACACCAGAAACUUAACUGUAAUUCUUGCAUCUUCCACAUAACACAAAGAAGUACAAUGACUAUACCAAGAAAAUAAACGUUUACUUCCCCCUAGUUUUUCUGAAACAACACUAGAGUCCAUAAUAACUAGAAAGCAGUGGUUACAAUUCAUCACUGCAGAUUCUGUUAUCCCCCCCCCAAAAAAACCAUAUAAUCAAG